CCCUCAGAGCCCACGAGGCGGCGGAGGGAGAGGAGGCCUGAGGCCCGGGGUGGGCACCAGCCAGCCAUGGCAGCAGCCGAAAUGGCCUUACCAUCCAUCGGCACACUGACCACCCUGGGCCCCUUCCCGGACACACAGGAGGACUUUGCCAAGUGGUGGCACCCAGAAGAGGCACAGGAUUUGGGCCCAGGGCCCCCCGACCCCACGGGGCCUCCGUUCCACGUGAAGCUGGAGUCAGAGAACCCACCCGGGGAAGAUGAAGACGAUGACAAGGACGCAGCCGCCGCCUGGGACCUGGAUCUUUUCCUCAAUAACUUCCCCAGCCCGGAGCCAGGCGGGGCGCCCCGGACCUGUGCCCUGGCGCCCGGCGAUGGCCCCGGGGCGCACUACCCGGCGCUGCCUGAGACUCUGGGCGCCUAUGCGACCGGCCCGGGGCUGGUGGCCGGGCUCCUGGGUCCCGAGGAGCACUCGGGCUGGGCGCGCUCUGCACCACGAGCCCCAGUUUCCGACGCCUUCGUGGGUCCAGCUCUAGCCCAAGCCCCCGAGCCCAAGGGGCUGCCGCUGCAGCCCGUCUACCCGGGGUCGGGCGCGGGCUCCUCGGCCACUUACUUCCCGAGAUCCGGCCUUUCGGUGCCCGCGGCGCCGGGCGCCCCCUACGGGCUGCUGUCGGGAUACCCCGCACUGUACCCAGCGCCCCAAUACCAAGGGCACUUCCAGCUCUUCCGCGGGCACGCGGCACCUGCGCCGGGACCCACCGGCUCUCCAUCCUUCCUGAGUUGUCUGGGACCUGGGACAGUCGGUGCGGGACUCGGGAGGAGCUCAGGAGACCCAGGAGUGAUGGCGGAAGCCGCACCCCCGAAGCGCACCCGGCGCUCGUGGACACGCAAGAGACAGGCGGUGCACACGUGGGGACACAGAGGACCUGGAAAAUCUGGGGAGCGGGCAAUAACGCUCACUGCUUUCUCACCCCCAGGGGAGAAGCCUUACGCCUGCACGUGGGACGGCUGCACGUGGAAAUUCGCGCGCUCAGAUGAGCUGACCCGCCACUACCGGAAGCACACGGGACAGCGCCCCUUCCGCUGCCAGCUAUGCCCACGCGCCUUUUCGCGGUCCGACCACCUGGCUUUGCACAUGAAGCGCCAUCUUUGAGCCCCAACCCGGGGUUUGGACUCUCCAAGGGACUGGGGAUGGAAUGAGAGCGGAUCCAUGCAGGGUGAUUUCUCUAAGGACGGACCUUUCCGGGACAUGUGGGCCUACGAACCCACUGAAAGAUUAAGACAAACCCUUAGAGAGACUGGGGGGGCCUGUGAUCGAAGCUCUCACAGGUCCUUAGCCACGAGGUGUCACACAGAGACUCCAUCAGUCACGCAGUCCCAGAGAGACAAGUGCCGGACUCAGACACUCAGACACCUGGAACAGAGUCUGACAUUCAGAGACCUGGACCCUCAGGCCCGCAGGAGGCCCUGGUCAGCGGUCGAGAGAUGGACUGAGACACAGGAGGAGAGAUCGCAGAGACCCAUUCUAGAAAGAGGCUUCACAUCACCAUGCUUAGUGGCUGGGAUCAACUAUGAAUGGUUAUGGGUCCUUUAAAAAUGCCCCUCCCAGGGUCAGCAGGUGGCGUAGUGGUUAAGGUGCUGGACUCCCACGUGGUGGAUCGCAAUUCAAAUCCCGGGCCCAGCGGCUUGAAACUCACACCCUGUGCGUGCAUACCCAAAAUCCC